GAAAGAGCAGAGGAACAUGACAGGGCAUACCACAGUGAUGUCAUGCGCUCAAAAAAGGAAAAAAAGCCGGGGCUUAUUUCUAAAGAGCUGGCAUGUGUUCCUGACAGGUACGUGUCUGACUGCGGGAGCACAGAGCACAGCGAUUCUCUAGUGUUUCUUCUCUCAAACCACAGCCGCUCCCCUGAGAAGAUGCUCUUGCUUGCGAUGUGCUGACCUUGCAUAGAGGAGACUCUAAGCUUAUUCAUGAGAAGGUAGAAACUCAGAAACUGUGAUGUUGCUCGACGUGCAUUCCAGAGAAACCUUUCUGAGAUUUCACUGACAAAACAAUUUGGAAGCAGACUGACGUUUAUUAAGGAUCAGUAACAACUGGUAUGCAAGUUCUUUAGAAGUGUCACUUCAUGAAAGAUGAGCUAAUGCUAACUGCAAGAAAAAGAGGAAUGUUCUUGAUGCUGCUUUAUGUGAAAAGAACUGGGAAAGCUCUGCAAUUCUAAAAGAAAUUCCUUGACAGUUUACGGAUCUCAGGCGAAUUGUCUUAUAUUCUGACUGCUGUGCAUGAAGAGACAAUGGACACUAGGAUUUGUAUUUGAUUAGAGAAACUAAAGGGAUCAACAGGUGCAGGACAAGGGUUCACUCUUUCCUUAAGAGAAUGGGCUAACUUGCCACCAAGGAUCAUGGUGGUCACACAAUUGGAACUGGAGCUCUGUUAUGAGGGGAAGAAGCUGCGUGGGUUUACCUGCAAGCUCACCAAAUCUGCCAAUGGCUUCCUCCCUGAGGGCUCAUGGAGUAUUGCAUCCCAAGUUCUUGUGCCAUACCUAGUAGCAGGCCUAGGGAUGGUUGCAGCAGGCUUAGUGAUGGACAUUGUGCAACACUGGGAAGUGUUCAAAAAGAUUACAGAAGUAUUCAUUUUAGUGCCAGCCUUGGUAGGACUCAAAGGAAACCUUGAAAUGACCCUUGCAUCCCGUUUGUCUACAGCUGCUAAUACUGGACAGAUGGAUGAUACCCGCCAGCAGUGGAGAAUGGUGACUUGUAACCUGGCUUUGAUUCAGGUCCAGGCCACUGUGGUGGGGCUCCUGGCAGCUGUGGCAGCUGUGAUCCUGGGGUCAAUAUCCAAAGGACACAUUGAACUGGACAAGGCUGCAGUGCUCUGCGCCAGCAGUGUCACUACUGCUUUUAUUGCUGCACUUUCCCUAGGUCUGGUCAUGAUCGGCGUAAUUAUUGGGUCAAGAAAAGUUGGAAUAAACCCUGACAAUGUGGCUACUCCAAUUGCAGCCAGCCUGGGAGACCUGAUAACCCUCUCACUUCUGGCAGGGGUUAGCAGCAUACUCUACCAAUACAGAGAUCAGUGGUACCUGUCUCUACUCGUGUGUGCCCUCUUCAUUGCCUUGAUACCACUGUGGGUGAUUGUAGCCCGUCGUAGCCCACAGAUCAAGGAGGUCCUGAUAUCGGGCUGGCAGCCAGUCAUCAUUGCCAUGUCUAUCAGCAGUAUUGGUGGCCUGAUUUUGGACAAGACAGUAACCGACCCAAAUUUUGAAGGCAUGGCUGUUUUUACUCCGGUAAUCAAUGGUGUAGGUGGCAACCUGGUAGCUAUCCAGGCCAGUCGGAUCUCUACUUAUCUCCACUUCUGGAGCAUGCCAGGGGUGCUGCCCUACAAGAUGAGGCAGCACUGGCCCAACCCCUGCAUUACCUUCUUCUAUUCAGGGGUGAAUUCGAAGUCAGCCCGUGUGCUGUUUCUGUUGGUGAUUCCUGGACACCUAGUGUUCCUGUACACAAUCAGCCUGUUGCAAGGAGGACACACGGCUAUCUCACUCACCUUCAUUGGCUUCUACCUAACUGCUGCUCUUCUGCAGGUGGGCAUUCUGCUGUAUGUAGCUGACAUCAUUGUGAGACUGAUGUGGCGCAGAGGUCUGGACCCUGAUAACUUCUCCAUCCCGUACCUCACUGCGCUGGGAGACCUCCUGGGCACUGGCUUCUUGGCUCUUUGUUUCCGCAUGAUCAUGCUUGUCGAAGGUGCCAGCCUGGAGACGGGCCACUAAGAAUGCCUUUUCACACCGCAUUCGAUGAUACUGGUAUCCUUGAAAGCUAACACUGAAGCAACACAUGCACGAUGAUGCUUGAUCAUCUCCGGGUAUCAAGAUGAUUCCAGAUACUACUUCCAGUGAACAGUUCUGAGGACAUGGCGUGACUGCACGUCAUGAUUGCACGAGGCAGAUCGGCGUACUAUCACCUUGUCUUUUUGUCCCACUUCAUCUACUGUUUGUUCUGGGAUCAGGUUUUCUUUUCUGUUUUUGAGUACUUUGACAGGACAGAUCAUUUUGAUGCAAUUGCUACAUAAAAAAAAAUCUAAACUGAAACAAGACCACAAGAAAAGACCGACUGAAAUUGAAAAACUUCAAUCCUUUAGAAUCCUUUCCUGUCAUGUGCUUUGCUUUUUCACCCUUCCUCACAGUUAUGGGCAUAUGAGCUUGGAACGCCUGUUACUGUCCUGUGAUCUUAAAAGGACAAUAUUUUGAACUUUUAGACCCAGGGACUACAGACAAACCUCCUUUGCAAUAAUUUAUUUUUGUUUGUUUUUUUGUUUUCUUUGAGCCAUGUACUGUAUGUUAGCUUUUACCUCUUGCAUAGAAACUGACAAAGGAACCAAUAUGUUUAUCUUUAACAGAGGUGGUUUACAGUUGGUGCUGUACAGCAUGUCUAUUUCAAGAGAUGUUUUGUCAAAAGCUUUGCAGCAUGUUUUCUUACACAAAGGUUUGGUUAAUUUUUUUCACCACCUUUCACAUUAUAUUCCCCAAGCCUGUCUAAAUCCCAAACAUAUACUGCCAAAAAAGACUAAUGUAGAGAUAAAACUAUUCUCUAUCUAAUAUUUUUUCAAUAGUCUAAAUACAGCGUUUGAAGUUCUGUAGUUCAAUAGAUGUUGUUCCAGUACUUUGAUAUAUUUACAUUCAGGUCUACAUACAGUAGUUACCAUCUGUUCAUAGUUAUCCUGAUAGAGGAUCCUGAUAGAUGUGCAAUGAGUUUAUUAUGUUUUAAAUACCAGUAGAAGAGUAUUACAAGUUAAUAGCAUUGUUUACGUAAAAUAGGAAAAUGUCUCUUUUACUUUAGGUUAAAUCAGAUUGAACCAGCAAUUUGGUCAAAUGAAGUGCCUGUUUAUUUUAGUUUUUAGAACAUUUGCCAAACCUUUUUGUUACUUAUGUUAUUUACACUAAACACUUUGCAAAAGGAAAUACCUUUUAAGAUCUGUGUUUGACACUGGGAUUAAAAGUACACUCAUAAAACAAAAGGUAAAUGAAGAAUGCCUGAGCUGUUCAAUGUUGUUGUUUUGUUUCACAUGAGCAGCUUCAGGAGUAAUAAUGUGGGCUGUUUCUUUAGUCUGGUUCAACUGUACAUCUGUCAGUUACAGUAUUUCUUAUGUAUCACUUUGGAGUUGCAAGACUCUGUUCAGCUAACAAAGAUAAACGUUCUUGAGAAUG